AUGGCGGUGCUGAUGCUGGCGGCGGUGCUGGCGGCGGUGCUGGCGGGGGCCGGGGCCCAGUGCCCGACGCCGGCCGACCUGCGGGUGGUCAACGGCACCCGCAUCUGCGCCGAGCUCUUCACCGACGACAGCCCCUACUACGACAAGUGCUGCGGGGGAAAGUCCCUGAUUGUGGACUGCGGCGCCGACGUGCCCUACGUGCCCUGGGAGUGGUCGGGCAGCAUCUCCUCGCUGGUGGUGGGCACCCGCUGCCAGCUGACCGUCUGGUCCCGCGCCGGCAAGAACGGCAAGAUGAAGACGUUCGGGGCGGGCGCGGUGCCACGGCUGCAGGAGGUGCGGCGGGGGCUCUUCAGCAACUGGAACAACGCCAUCAGGGGCUACUACUGCCAGUGCAACUGAGGCGGGCGGCGUGGGGGCAGCGCAGGGCGGCACGGGGCACCGUGGGGCAGCAAGAGUCAACACGGAUCAACGCUGGCCAAGGCACGCCAACGCAAGUCAACACUGGCCAACACACGUCAACAUGAGUCUAUGCGAGCCAACGUGGGCCAACACACGUCAACCUUAGUUAGCAGAAGUCAACGCUGGCCAACAAACAUCAGCGUGAGGCUACACGAGUCAACAGUGGCCACCGCACGUCACCACGAGUCAACACUGGCCACCGCAUGUCAACGUGAUUCAACGCGGGCCAACACAAGUCAACACAGGCCACCGCAUGUCAACGCA